CGCAACUACCAUUCCAAGUUUGCAACUCUCAAAGCCCAGUUGAGUUGAGUCGAAUGAUUGGAAUAAACUCACGUGGUGAGUUCGUCUGAUUGUCUCAAAAUCGAUCUCUUCUUCCCCUCGGAGUCACUCACCCGUUGCAGGGAUCUACUCUCUCCGCACCACAGGAAGAAAGCAGAGCGCUCUCUCUCUCCCCCUCUCCCUCCCUCCCUCCCUCCCCGAGACAAAAGGCCUACCAAAGCUAAAAAAGACGGCCCAUUACUGUCGUUAUUUCUAUUCAAGCAUUUAUGUUAAAGUUCUGUUGUUUUCCAGUGUUUCGUGAGCACAAAUUAAAACGGGAGCCGAGUUCAGAUCGAGCUUUGCGCUUCCACCACUGUCCCACUCAAAGAGUCAGGCAGAGUGGCUUGUCCCUGUACCCUUUUCCCUUUUUGCUCUAAAAGUUUCUACUGUACUCAAAGUGGACUAGAACUUCAUCUACGAACUGGGUUUCGCAAAAAAGGCUUUUUUUUUAUUGAAAAAAUGAGCUUCUGAAGGAGAGAGGAGCAAGUAAGAGAAAAUAUGAUGGCUGGGACGCGAUCAGAAUGGAGGGGUUCGAGGUUGAUUGAAAUAGCUGUGCUUAGUCUUCUCCUUAUGUCUUCGUUGUUAAUUGUUUCGGCAAAAGGAAGAGCUUCAAGUUACAAUGACAAGGAAGAGGUUGACUCUGAUCAUGUUAUGAAAGUCUGGAAUUCCUUAUGGGAACAGGGCCGAUUGUCGUUUGAUCGUAUUUGGCCGGAUAUGGAGUUUGGCUGGAAGAUUGUUGUUGGCACCAUCAUAGGAUUCUUUGGGGCAGCUUUUGGAACUGUGGGAGGAGUUGGUGGGGGUGGCAUCUUUGUUCCCAUGCUUACCCUUAUUAUUGGGUUUGACCAGAAAUCAUCGACAGCCCUAUCCAAAUGUAUGAUCAUGGGUGGAGCUGCGGCAACUGUUUUCUACAAUUUAAGGCAAAGACAUCCUACACUUGAGCUGCCUGUUAUUGAUUAUGAUCUUGCACUUCUGUUUCAGCCAAUGUUGGUGUUGGGGAUCAGUAUUGGAGUUACUUUCAAUGUGAUUUUUCCUGACUGGAUAAUCACAGUCUUGUUAAUGGUCACCUUCAUAGUGACUUCAAGCAAGGCAUUCAUUAAGGGUGUUGAAACAUGGAAAAAGGAAACCAUAAUUAAAAGGGAGGCUGCUAGAUUUUUGCAAUCAAGAAAUAGAGGUAUUGAUCAGGAGGUCGAAUACAAGCCUCUACCUGCAGGCCCAAGCACUAGCACUCGUUCAGAGACCAAGGAAUCUGAAAAAUCAAAGGUCUCUAUUCUUGAAAAUAUUUACUGGAAGGAAGUUGGAGUACUUUCUGCAGUGUGGAUCAUUGUCCUUGGACUGCAGAUUGCCAAGAAUCAUACAACCACUUGUUCGGUGCUGUAUUGGGUACUAAACCUAUUGCAGAUCCCAGUAACCGUUGGAGUGACUUCAUAUGAAGCCGUGAACCUGUACAAAGGGCAGAGAGUGAUCGCAUCAAAGGGAGAAGAGGACACAAAUUGGCGAGUGCACCAGCUGGUUCUUUAUUGUGCAUGUGGAAUAUUAGCCGGCAUAGUUGGAGGGUUGCUUGGUCUUGGUGGAGGAUUCAUUUUGGGUCCACUUUUUCUGGAGCUGGGAGUCCCUCCUCAGGUGUCAAGUGCCACAGCAACCUUUAUCAUGACAUUUUCUUCAACCAUGUCUGUCGUACAAUAUUACCUUCUGAAACGAUUCCCUGUUCCAUACGCUCUGUACUUUAUUGCAGUUGCAUCCGUUGCUGCCCUUGUAGGGCAAUAUGUGGUAAGAAAGGCGAUCGCCAUACUUGGGAGAGCAUCUUUGAUCAUCUUCAUCUUGGCUUCCACAAUUUUUGUCAGUGCCAUAUCACUAGGUGGUGUAAGCAUAGCAUACACGAUUAGAAGUAUUGAGCAGCAUGAGUACAUGGGAUUUGAAAACAUCUGUACAUACAAAGCAACUUGAAAGUUCUUGCUCGACUUCCUCAAUCUCAAAUUUUUAGACAAUAUUUAAUUCUCCCUGACCUUUAAAAUUCUUCCCAUGCUCAGGAAUCUAUUGGACCUUGAUGAUUAACUUUUUCAUAUUUUUCAGCUCCAUUCUUUUCUGCUUUGUAUUUUACAAAUUCUCAGGAUAGUUGGGAAAAUGGUGCUCACUGUUCUACACCCGCUGAUCUGGUUCUGAAAUUCGUCCAACCGCAGAAACAUAAAUAGUUGUGAAGCGUUAACACCUUGCACCUGGGUCUGGGCUCGAAACACCCAUUCUUUAAGAAUUUGUAUUUUGAAAGUCGAACCAUAUUGCCACAGGUUUCUGAAAUCUUAAUUCCAUUGAUUGGAUAGGCAAAUUGUCAAGGCGAAA